AUGAACAUUGGGAUAAUUCUGCCUUUAGUUGGAUUAAUUAUACACGGUUAUCAAAUAUUCGUUGGUCCAAGGAUCGCUUUAUUAGGAUACCGCAAUAAACCAGUCACUAAUCUUCGCUCUCAGAGCUGUAUCCCUAUACCAGAAUUUGAAGGCUGUGAAGACAUCCGUUAUCACCCAUCCGGUAACGCUUUAUACCUCAGUUGCGCACCGGUAGAAUCAAGACUUCUCUGGGGUCCCGGUCAUGGGGUUUAUAAAGAGCAAACAAAUGAGGAUUUUAUUGGAAAGUAUGAUUUAGCAACAAAUAAGUUCUCAAAAAUGUCAAUGAACACCCUUCCAGAAGGUGGUCUUGGUACACAUGGUAUUGAUGUCGUUGACAACUCAGACGGUUCCGCUACUAUCUACCUUGUUAACCAUGCUAAGAAUGAAACUGGUGGUCCAGAUUUCCCUACUACUGAAACUGUAGAAGUCUACAAAACUGAUAAAUCAUCAAAUAAGCUCACUCAUGUUAGAUCAUUUAAUGAUCAGAAUGUAAUGUAUGCACUUAACGCUGUCGCUUCUGAUGGUAAAGGUGGUAUAUACUUCACAAAUGAUAAACCAACCAGAGUCUGGAGAGGUCUCAUCGAUCAGGUACUUGCUAUCACCGAUUUCGCUACUUCUACACUUGGACACUGUAACGCCGAAGGAGAGUGUAAAUCAAUUGGUUCAUUCGUUUCACUCAAUGGAAUUGCUAGAAUUGAUGAUGAUCAUUAUGUUAUCAACCAAAUGAACGAUGGUAAACCACUCGUUAUGGAAAGACAACCAGAUGAUACUUUAGUACAGAUUCAACAAUUCCACUUAGGUUCAAUGAUGGAUAACGUUUCUUACGACCCAAUAAAUGAUGAAUUGUACAUCGCAACGAUGCCACAGAUUCAUAAGUUCCUCAAGAGUCAAAAUAACCCAUACACAGGAAGAUCACCUGUUAGAAUCUACCGCCUUCGUAAGACUGAAGUCAGCGAGGCUUCAUAUAAGCGUAUCUAUGGUGAACCACCUGCACCAGGUUCGACACACUACAGAUGGAGAGCUGAAUUGAUACUAGCUGAUGAUGGUACAGAAGUUUCAACUGUAACAACUGUAGCUAGAGCAAAUGACAAGCUCUACAUGAGUGGAUACAUUCAUCCAACUGGAUAUGUCUGUGAUAUCUAA